AUGCCUAAAGUCCCUGGCCAAGGAGGCAUUAUCGAUGGCGCCAACCCGUCACAUUAUGAGCCCAAGAAUCCUAUCAUCCUUUUCAUCAUCCAGGCAGGCAUCAUUAUCAUCUUCUGUCGCCUCCUGCACCUACCUCUACAAAAGAUCAGACAGCCUCGAGUCAUCGCCGAAGUGAUAGGCGGUAUCCUCCUUGGUCCCUCCGUCAUGGGCCGUGUCCCCGGUUUCUCCGCUGCUAUAUUUCCUACAGCCUCCAUGCCAGUCCUCAACAUGGCAGCCAACCUUGGCUUGAUACUAUUCCUCUUUCUCAUCGGGCUGGAGGUGGAUCUGCGCCUGCUGCUCUCGAAUUGGCGCAUUGCACUAAGCGUGGGCUUGGCUGGCAUGGCUCUACCAUUUGGUCUGGGUUGCGCAAUUGCAUAUGGCUUGUACCACCAAUUCCGAACUGAGUCAGACUUGGCUCACGUUAGCUUUGGCACAUACAUGCUCUUCAUUGGUGUUGCGAUGGCAAUAACGGCCUUUCCGGUACUCUGUCGUAUUCUCACAGAAUUGAAGCUACUAGGGACACAAGUGGGGGUCAUCGUACUUUCCGCCGGUGUCGGAAACGACGUAGUUGGCUGGAUUCUCCUUGCUCUCAGCGUUGCUCUCGUAAACGCAGGUUCCGGCAUUACUGCGCUCUACGUUCUCCUCACGUGCGCUGCAUAUGUCCUCUUUCUCGUGUACCUGGUGAGGCCAGGCUUUUUGUGGGUCUUGAGACGGACCGGAAGCAUUCAGAAUGGUCCGACUCAAUCCAUCGUAGGGCUGACGGUUCUUCUGGUGCUUGCCUCCGCCUUCUUCACAGGAAUAAUUGGCGUUCAUCCCAUCUUCGGCGCCUUCCUGGUUGGCUUGAUUUGCCCUCACGACGGUGGAUUUGCCAUCAAGCUGACAGAGAAGAUUGAGGAUUUGGUGACUGUUUUCUUCCUUCCGCUCUAUUUCGCUCUCUCCGGUCUAAGUACCAAUCUUGGCCUUCUUAAUAACGGUAUCACUUGGGCCUAUGUUGUGGGCGUCAUUGCUUGCGCAUUCUUUGGCAAGCUGAUUGGUGGCACACUUGCGGCUCGAGCUAACAAUCUUCUCUGGAGGGAGAGCUUCACAAUCGGUACCUUGAUGAGCUGCAAGGGUCUAGUCGAGCUGAUUGUGCUAAACAUUGGGCUACAAGCGAAACUACUCAGCACGCGUACUUUCACCAUUUUCGUUGUCAUGGCUCUAGUAACGACCUUCGCAACCACCCCGUUGACCACCUUUCUGUUCCCUCCAUCAUACCAAAGAAAGUUAGCAGCCUGGAAACGUGGCGAGAUUGACUGGGAUGGCAAGCCUAGAUCUCCCGCUGAUUCAUCUGAUGCUCAGACAGGCACAGCAGUCGAGGACUACCCUGGAAAUGAAGUCCGGAGAUUGUUGGUCGCUUUGCGACUGGAAAGCUUGCCAAGUAUCUUUACAUUUGUGGAUCUCCUAGGUGGUGAGAAGACUGUCUCGUCAAUGACAAAGGUCCACCCAUCCAUUGAGCAUAAAGCCGCACUACCUGAACAAGGGCCUGGCGAUGGCAUCAAGCUUCCUAAAAGACCUCUUCAAGUGCACGGUCUCCGUAUGUUCGACCUCACAGAACGUCUGUCCUCUGUCAUGCGAGACUAUGAGCUUGAUGACUGGUCCGCAAGAGAUCCUGUAGUGAAUGCUUUUCACACUUUUGGCCAGCUACACAAUGUCGCCGUUUCCGGCCAAGUCCAACUUGUGCCCGAAAAUCAACAUGCUGAUAUUGUGGCGGAGAGUGCGACUGCUCGACACUCAGACAUGGUGCUGAUACCUUGGAGUGAAACAGGAUCUGUCUCUGAGAUCGUAAAUCCAGGUUUAGCAGAACCUCUUGUCAAUGGUUUUAGCCACCCAACGUAUAAUCACUUCGUUGACAAGCUUCUCUCAAAUGCACCAUGUAGUACCGCCAUCUUCGUCAAUAAUGGCUUUGGAGCUCUCCGGCGGCAGGACUCUCAAGGACUUUAUCACAAGAUGAGCGCCAUGAGCCUUCAUAAUGACAUGGACCGUCCGACAGCACCACUUGCCAACCGAAGUCAUCACAUCUUCUUACCCUUCUAUGGUGGACUCGAUGAUCAAGUCGCUCUACGGUUCGCGCUAAGGUUGACUCAGAACCCCAAUGUCACGGCUACGUUCGUGCAUGUGCGACACAAGAUGGAGGAUAGUACAGCUUCCUCUUUGAAAGCUGCAGAACCAUCGGCAACGAAGAACGGCGGUGUCAUAUCACUUUCAAAAAUGCUUGAGACUACUGCAGAAGAAGAUGCCGUGUUCUUACUCAAUGCAAAGAGUGCUGUUCCCGAGGAAAUGCGAUCACGCAUCUUGUUUGAAGAGGCUAAUGCUAGCGAUGACAUGGUCGCUCGCGCCAGGGAUGAAGUUAGUCAUGGUUCUAAGAACGCGGGCAACCUCGUGAUUGUGGGGCGACGGCAUUUCAGGCAAGGGUUACAACAUGAGUACGAAGAAUAUGGCGUCAGGAAGACACUGGGAGAAACAGCUGAAAGCAUGAUAUCUGGAAAUGUUAAUGCCAGCAUUUUGGUCAUACAGGCAGGAAAGGUAAACACAAGCUUGUAG